CCUUGUGCGGGGCGCUUCCGCACGCGCCGCCGCGGGGAUCCCGCAGUCGGGCCGCUGGCCAUGGAGCGGCGGCUGAGCUCGCCGCUUCGGCUCUGGCUGCUGCUGCUACUCUUGUCCCCGGGACAGGGCCGCCAGAAGGAGUCAGGUUCAAAAUGGAAAGUGUUCAUUGAUCAGAUUAACAGGUCUUUGGAGAAUUAUGAACCAUGUUCAAGUGAGAACUGCAGCUGCUACCGUGGUGUCAUUGAAGAGGAUCUGACACCUUUCCGAGGAGGUAUCUCCAGGAAGAUGAUGGCUGAAGUAGUCCAGCGGAAGCUCGGGACCCACUAUCAGAUCAUUCAGAACAGGUUAUACCGGGAAAAUGACUGCUUGUUCCCCUCCAGGUGUAGUGGCGUGGAGCACUUUAUUUUGGAAAUUAUUGGGCGCCUCCCUGACAUGGAGAUGGUGAUCAAUGUACGAGAUUAUCCUCAGGUUCCUAAAUGGAUGGAGCCUGCUAUCCCAGUCUUCUCCUUUAGUAAGACAUCCGAAUACCACGAUAUCAUGUAUCCUGCUUGGACGUUCUGGGAAGGGGGACCUGCUGUUUGGCCUAUUUAUCCCACAGGCCUUGGACGAUGGGACCUCUUUAGAGAAGACCUGAUAAAGUCAGCAGCACAGUGGCCAUGGAAUAAGAAAAAUUCUACAGCAUAUUUCCGAGGAUCAAGGACAAGUCCAGAACGAGAUCCUCUCAUCCUUCUAUCUCGGAAAAAUCCAAAACUUGUUGAUGCAGAGUAUACCAAAAAUCAGGCCUGGAAAUCUAUGAAAGUAAUCAACAAUCAUCCGAAUAGAACUACAGCAGUGAACAUUCUCACUCAAAGGACUUUGCCAACUGGCUAG